GAGUGCUUAUAAAAACGAACCGGGAUCCCGAUCCACACGAACAAGCGCAACAGAGCAAAUCAAACCAACAUCGUUCCCAAAGAGCGUUCACUUUCAACAGACGGGCGCUUUGAACUGUUCGCGGCUCGAGAGCGUUUACUUGCUGCUGUCCGCGUAAUUCUGCACAUCUUUGGGACUCCGGUUCAUUCAAGAGGAGCAUCCGCACGGAGUGGACCGGGACGGAACGCUGUCAUCGUCCUCCGCACUGUUUUUGAACGCUUUUACACUUGAAAUAAAGUGGACGUUGACCUGUCAGCCACAUUAGGUGAGAAGCCGAUAUUUUCUUCUUGUUCCAGAAGAACUCUAUGAGUACAAAGAUGGAGCAGCCGUUUUAUCACGACGACUCGUUUCUGUUGGGUUACGGUCACAAUGACGCGGCACUACACGAUUAUAAACUCCAGAAACAGAGCAUGAACUUGAACCUGACCGAGCCCUAUCGGAACCUCAAAUCGGACCUGUAUCAGAUCAGCGGCGCCGAUAUGGGCUCGCUCAAACUCGCCUCGCCGGAGCUGGAGAGGCUCAUCAUCCAGAACAGCAACGGGGUGCUGACGACGCCCACCCCGGGCCAGUACCUCUACAGUCGGGGGAUCACCGACGAGCAGGAGGGCUUCGCGGAGGGCUUCGUCAAGGCUCUGGAUGAUCUUCACAAGAUGAACCAGAUGCCCCCGCCCAACGUGUCGAUUGGAGCCGGCGGCGUGACGACGUGCUCGACGACCGCGUCCGUUUUUGGCUCCUCCCUGCAGUCUGAGCCUCCCAUUUACACGACGCUGAACGCGUACUGCCCAGCGCCCAGCCACCCGUCCACCACCAUCAGCUACCUGCCGCCGCACGUACAGCAGAGCCAACACCCGGAAAACGCGCACGCGUUCCAGCACUCCGGCGUCCUCCCGCAGCGCUUCGUGCCUUUGAAAGAGGAGCCCCAGACCGUUCCCGACAUGCACAGCAGCGACGGCUCGCCACCCAUGUCUCCGAUCGACAUGGAGAACCAGGAACGCAUCAAGGCGGAACGCAAGAAACUCCGGAACCGCCUGGCGGCCACCAAAUGCCGCCGGCGCAAGCUGGAACGCAUCGCGCGGCUGGAGGAGAAAGUGAAGGUGCUCAAGUCCGACAACGCCGGGCUGUCCAACACCGCCUCCGUCCUGCGGGACCAGGUGGCCCAACUCAAACAGAAGGUGCUGAGGCACAUGAACAGCGGCUGUCAGCUGAUGUUGACCAGUAAGAUGGAAGCGUUUUAAACGCGGCCGGACUUUUAAUCAGAAAUAACACUGGAAAUCGUAUAUGUUCUACGACUGAACGGAACUCAAAAGCCCUCGAAUGAGGCGUUUUGGACACGUUCUGGGUUCCGAGUUAAACGAGCGAACCCGCCGCGAACGGAGUGGGAGAGACCGGACUCUGAGCCCCCAGAGACAGACGGGAGCCAAGAGAGAAGUGGACAGGCCAGUCGCCGCCGCCUCAGUAUCAAUAACGUGUCGUUGUUUUUUGUCAUGAUCAGCUGUGUAUUUGAUCAUGUGAACGCAUAUGAUAUUGUCGUGCAGUUCCUGAACUCAUAAGUUAUUGUACUAGUCAGGUUGAUCCUGACACUAUGUUAACGAUAUGUCACAUGUUUACAAUGUCUUUUUUAUGUGUGCUAUGUUCAAGUAAAGAUUUUGAAAUAUAA